AUGGUUUUGCUUUUGCUAGUGGUUCUGUGCUCCUUUAGCCUAGAAGGAGUAGUUGGUUCAAGCAGUCCAAUUUCACCUCAGGAUUACAAAAAUGUGCUGAAACAAGGAUUUGCAACCACAUAUUUUGAACAAUUAAAUUUUGAUGAAGUCUACGAUAAAAAGGACGUCGAAGAUGUUGCUGAAAGAGGAUUCACAAACUUGAGAUUACGAUGCAGACAAGAUCUUGACGCUUUAAAUAUGACAGACUUUUUAGCUAAUUUAGAGACAGUUGUAGAUGAUUGCCUUAGUCUUAAUGUCACACCUUACAUUUCUUGGAUGAACCAAGCAGCAGCACUUGAUGCCACUGAGGAAUAUCGACAAGGUUACUUUGAUUGGUGGAAAGCUGUUGCAAUGCAAUUGAAAGAUAAAGAUUACAGAGUAUCUUUUAACUUAAUUGAUGAAAUUGACACAGAUAACAGCCUACGUAAAAACGCAUCCAGCUAUAAUGAUUGGACUCGUUCUGUCAUUGAAAUCAUCCGUGAAACAGGUGGAAACAACGAUAAACGUAUUCUUAUUCUUGCAUCUCCUGAGAAAUCUGUAGAAGGCUUACAAAAAAUAGACCCAAAAAUUUACCAGAAUGAUACCUAUUUGAUGAUAGAAGCCCACACAUAUGCAGCAGGACCGCAAAACGUAUUUGCGAAUGGUUCGUGUACGAGUUCCCCUUUAAGCUGUUGGACAGGUGAUGGUGACACUAUGGGUAAAAGUCUUCUAGACCAAAACAUUGCAAUUGCAACAAAUUUUACAAGUGAAAAUGGUAUUGAGAUCGUCUGGGGAUCAUGGAUGCCAUUUGACAGUACAUCAGGAACAUUAAACCAAACAGAAGUAAUUGAUUUUAGUACCUAUUUUGUUCAAAGUCUUAAAGAUGCGUCAAUUCCUUGGUCUUUGAAUGACCUGGAUAAAUUUUAUGAUACCAUGGCAAGCCAGUGGAAAUCAGAGCUAUCAACAAUUAAAGAGCAGGAGUUUAAUACGACACUCGUAUUGGACGCAAUUGUUGAAAAUAUGUGAUUUGAUUAAUUUCAACAGGCAA